CACGACAUUUUUCUCAAGUUUUUUUUUUAAGAGUUUUGUUGAAAGCAUUGCAUAAUCUUGCAAAAGGGGUAGUAUGAGGUAUUGCUGAUUUAUAUUUUAAGUCUUUUGUCUCCCUUUGCCCUCCCUUGUGGGUGCCACAAUGCCUUCAGCGGACCUUUUACGGCUACUACUUGUUUUGGUGUUUCCACAUGUAAGCUGUUCUGGUAAUUAUGCAGGAAGAAGAGCAAGAAGUACUUUCCAAGCCUUCAACUCCUACAUCCAGAAUCAAAAUCAAGGCACCCCAAGAAGCUAUGCAGCCCCUGGUUAUAUUCAAAACUCACACUCAUCUCCGUACCAAGUUCCAAGACUCUCCAAUCAUGUCCAGGCAGUUAGCGGCAGUGCUAGCUUACCUGAAAAUGGUGCUACUGCAUCUCGUGCAAGUGGAGUCCAAUACAAAACCAGUUCUGAGUUUGGAAAGCUGUACUGGGAUAGAUCCAAACUAAGCCUCACUACCCCAUCAAUUGUCAGUUCUGGAGGGAUUGUUUUAGUGCAGGAUCCUAAAGAUUCUGAAGAAUCUAAUAAACCAGAUAAGCCUUUAGCUGCUAAGAAACCACUUUCAAAACACAAUGCUAGUUCUAGAUUGCGGAAUUCUAAUCUUUCUAAUUGGUUUAGAGGUGACUUGUCUUCUGGAACGAUCUGGUCAGGCAGCAUUUCCUCUAACUCGCAUAAUGGAGCAUUGGAUUCUUCUGGACUUGGGGGAAAUCAGAACAAAAAUAGCAACAACCUUGUUUUUGGAUCUAAUGUUUUUGGCUUGUCUCAAGGUUUUUCUGGUUCUGUUUUUGAUGGCACUGUCCUUGGAUCAAGACAAAACAACCAAGAAAUGGGAUCUGCAUUUUCGGCUCAGGAGAAGCUUCAAACUGCGGCUCAGAGACACUUUGUUCUUCCACAAGCUCCUAGAUGCGUUACUGAUCUCUCAACUACAUAUGGUCAAGGAUCCAUUCGAAGAUGUCCCAGACUUGAUGGCUCUACACAAAUUUCAACCCAGAGUGAUGACUCCUCUGGAUCUAGGUUGGAUCAGUUCACCCAAAACUAUCCUCCAAGCAGGUUUUCAUUCACUGGUAAAACGUAUGGCUUCUCAGAGGCAGUGCAGAUUAGCUCUAGUACUGAAGGCAGAACAUUGUCUGCAUCUAAAAGUCCUGCAUCUUUGUGGACUGGCAGUGGAGGACACCAGUUAUUCCCUGGAGUGACUCAAACUGCCAACACUAACCAGGCCACUGUGCCUUCUCAGCACAUGCAAUCAAGUCAUGCUUCCAACUUGUUUUAUCCCAGGUAUAAAAACGAAAAUACUAGGUCAGGUGACCAUACGGUCACUAGAGAUAUGCCUCAAAUUACAAAUGCAAUGCAAAGUCACUAUGGUACUCCAAUGCUUGGAACUGCAGCUCAACCUGACCAUUUUUUACCUUCAAGUGUGAAUAGUGGAAGCAUCCCAAGUUUUUCAAUGUCUGGAUCAGAGUCAGGACAAGUCAGUGGAGGUGCUAGUAGGCCUAAUUGUGAUGCUGUGAAUCCAGUUUCUGACCAAACUUCCCAAAGAUCUCCUGGUGCUUGGACUGCUCAGCCAAGUGAGAAUGUGAGCACUUCAGGUUCUAAUGUUUACCACGUAAGGGUCCUGAGCAAUAACAUUGCUGCUGCCCCUCAUUGGACCCAUGCACCUGACUUGUACAGAAUUGUUUCUGCUCUCAGUGGAGAUGAAGCUGCUAGAAGGUUAAAGUACCCUGAGGUAACGUUUUACAAACAGGACAGAACAUUUUAACCAUAGUACUUUGGAUCAAACCCCUCUGUAAGCAACAUGCGGUAAAAGACCUGUCAGUGACUAAAGACGUUUUGGCAGAGUAGGCAAUGACCAGGCCAUUCCAAUAACCUUCAGUCGUUUCAGAUGUAUUGUCUGAACAGUGAAAUCUGUAAACUGUGCUGGAUUCUAUCUGGUGUGGCCUGUUAUAUGAAGUGUUGUGCAAUAAAGUCCAUCUCUCUCCAUAA